UUGACAUUUCAUUUCAUCCUAAUAUUCGUUGUUAUAAAACACUUUGAGCACAAUUUUCUUUUAUUUUUUUAUUAAAAAAUAAAUUAAAAUGCUUAUUAAACAAUUAACUCGAUUUAUUUCGAGUCCAAUAAUAAAUCAACAACAAAGAUGUAUUUCAUCUGCAACAGCAUCAAUAACAAAACUUCAUCGAUCAGUUUAUUGUAGAAUGUAUCCAACCGUUGUCGUUUUGCCGGAUGGUUCAUCCAUCAACAUUCGAUACCACGAGCCAAGAAAGAUUAUUAAACUUCCAUUGGAUUUAAGUACACUUACUGAAGCUGAACGUAAAGCCCGCAUUGAUGCUCGCAAACCACGAAAGAAGAUCAAGAUUGAGGAAGAAGUUGAGGACACAUUCAAUUCCAAAAAGUACUUGAAAUACAUCAAGAGGAAGAAGUGAAUGUAGAAGAAGCAUUUUGGUUUUCAAUAAAUUUUGUUAGUUAAAAAAAUCUA